UUCAGGUGCCCUCUUCCCGCACAGCCAGCCAGCCUGGACACCUGCACAACCUUCUCUCUCUGCCCACUUCUGGCAGACCCCUCGGGAGCAAAGCGCACCAGCGAGCAGCAUGGCGACCAAAUGUGGGAAGUGCGGACCUGGCUACCCUUCCCCUCUGGAGGCCAUGAAAGGACCCAGGGAGGAGCUUGUCUACCUGCCCUGCAUUUACCGGAACACGGGCACUGAAGCCCCGGAUUACCUGGCCACUGUGGAUGUUAACCCCAAGUCUCCCCAGUAUUCCCAGGUCAUCCACCGGCUGCCCAUGCCCAACCUGAAGGACGAACUGCAUCACUCAGGAUGGAACACCUGCAGCAGCUGCUUCGGGGACAGCACCAAGUCGCGCACCAAGCUGGUGCUACCCAGUCUCAUCUCCUCCCGAGUCUAUGUGGUGGACGUGGCCACCGAGCCCCGCGCUCCAAAGCUGCACAAGGUCAUUGAGCCCAAGGAGAUCCAUGCCAAGUGUGACCUGGGCUACCUCCACACCAGUCACUGUCUGGCCAGUGGGGAGGUGAUGAUCAGUGCCCUGGGAGACCCCAAGGGCAACAGCAAAGGGGGUUUUGUGCUCCUGGAUGGAGAGACAUUUGAGGUGAAGGGGACGUGGGAGCGGCCUGGAGGUGCUGCACCUAUGGGCUAUGACUUCUGGUACCAACCUCGACACAAUGUCAUGAUCAGUACUGAAUGGGCAGCUCCCAAUGUCUUACGAGAUGGCUUCAACCCUGCUGAUGUAGAGGCAGGGCUGUAUGGGCAACGCUUACACGUGUGGGACUGGCAGCGCCAUGAGAGGGUGCAGACCCUGACUCUGCAGGACGGUCUCAUCCCCCUGGAGAUCCGCUUCCUGCACAACCCGGCCGCUGAUCAGGGCUUCGUGGGCUGUGCCCUUGGCUCCAACAUCCAGCGCUUCUACAAGAACCAGGGAGGGACUUGGUCAGUGGAGAAGGUGAUCCAGGUGCCCCCCAAGAAAGUGAAGGGCUGGAUACUGCCCGAAAUGCCAAGCCUGAUCACUGAUAUCCUGCUGUCCUUGGAUGACCGCUUUCUCUACUUCAGCAACUGGCUGCACGGGGACCUGAGACAGUACGACAUCUCUGACCCCAAGAGGCCCCGCCUCGCGGGACAGAUCUUCCUCGGGGGCAGCAUUGUUAAGGGAGGCCCUGUGCAGGUCUUGGAGGACCAGGAGCUGAAAUGCCAGCCAGAGCCCCUGGUGGUCAAGGGGAAGCGAGUGGCUGGAGGCCCUCAGAUGAUCCAGCUCAGCUUGGAUGGAACACGUCUCUAUGUCACCACAUCGCUGUACAGUGCCUGGGACAAGCAGUUUUACCCUGAUCUCAUCAGGGAAGGCUCUGUGAUGCUGCAGAUCGACGUAGACACAGUCAGGGGAGGGCUGAAGCUGAACCCCAACUUCCUGGUGGAUUUUGGGAAGGAGCCCCUUGGCCCAGCCCUGGCCCAUGAGCUCCGCUACCCUGGGGGCGACUGCAGCUCUGACAUCUGGCUCUGAAGCAGCCCCCCAGCCCCCGACUCUGGCUCCUAGCUGCAUUCCGCAUUUUGAACCCUCCAUUCUGCAGAGACCUGGCUUCACUCUGCUCUCUCAGCCUCUGACCCUUAGCAGCUUCUCCUUUUAAAGCCAAACCCAGGCUGUUGACAUGUAGUGAACCAUGUCUCCAUCUGCCUGCCACGGUCGCAAGCCGCUCACUGUGCUGUUUUUACAUGAGCUGUUGGAAAUGAUUUUUCUAAGAAAUAAACGGGUGAACCUCUUCCUGA